GUACAUUAAUUUCCCAUCAGCUGUACUGGGCACAGCACCUUUUUAAUAGCAACAUGCAAAAGUCUACUAAGUUUAUAACUUGUGUAAAACUGCUGCUCAGGUGCAGAAGGGCUGUGCAGCGCUCUGACGUGCAGCAGGUCCUAGGUUACUGGCUUAUUUUCACACAUUAGCAGCUGCAAACUAAGACCACCACUGUGUGUGGAGGUGUGGUUUUCUUGAAUACAGCAGUAUAUUUUUAGUCCAGUGUUUUUCUACAGUUAACAGGCUGCAAAUUGUUGAUACAUAAAAAAUGUCAGCAGCAUAGUGACAAGAUAUUGGCUUGUUAGAUAUUUGCCUUUAUGAAUACCACAUGGGAAACAGUGUUAGAACUACUACAGGCUUUGUGUUUAGCCUAGUUUAUUAAUUAUUUUAUAUUAAAAAUCAGACAAACAGAAAACUAAUUACAAAUGAGAAUCAAUUGACUAUUGAUUAACUCGACACAAUCAGAAAUUCUGCUAUUAGUUUCAUUUCUCUUCUGAAUUUCUCAGGUUUUUAAAAAAUUAAAGUCACCAGUAACUAGUGACUAUGCUACAGCAAUACAGAACAUGUUAUACACUUUAAGUAUUACUUAUUAGCUUCGUACCAUUAUCAGUGAAAAAAAAUCCAUUAUAAUAAUUAUAUGCUAUUUAUAAAGAAAAUGGCCCGACAGAAUUUAAUUUGUGCUUCAAUCGUUUCCAAGCACAAAUUCUUUCUUCCUCAAUUCUCUCUACACACUGUACAAUGUAAAGACCAGAAAUAAACUGAGCUGUUGUCAGUGGAAAAUUCGCAGGUCGGUCAGUGAGCCACGAUGAGGACGUACUUCUAAAAGUAAAAAUGUUUUUCUUCUAUAUGAUCAUCACAGCUCUGUCUACAGCAGCUCUGACCAAAGGGGCUGUGAAAUGCAAAAUUGAAGUGAAUGAAACUACUCAGCACUGCAUUGCAAAACUUGAUGAGCCACUGACCUUUCAAUUACUCACUCACAAGAAAAAAACACAUUUGAAAAAGAAUAACAUUAACAUUUUAAGGGUAAACAAUGACAAGGUAGAGGAUAUAAAUGAGGACUAUAGAAGUCGUAUUAUACAAUUAACAAAUACAACUAUUACACUUGACAUGGUGAGAACGACAGAUUCUGGAAAUUACCUGCUGGAAACCUUUAACCAUGAAGGUCAAAUAUCACACACAACCAACUUUCAUCUAGAAGUACAAGCUCCAGUUCCAGUCUCAAAACCAAACGUAUCACAGACGUGUUUGUCACCAGAACAGUCUGUCGUCUGCUGCUCCACUGAGGGAGACGGAGUAGAGUUCAUUUGGAGUUUGGACAACAACAUAUUGAUACAGACCAGAGCUGAGAGCACAAAUAAACCAACAUCUGAGGUUUCCAACGUUACCAUCAGCUUACACGGCCAGCUCACUGGAAACUUAGCAUGUAUCACUCAGAACGACAUCAGCUCAGAACAAACUGUGAUCCAGCUCAGGAGCUGUAGAGGUUCCAUUCACGCUCCUUCUGUGACUGUGACUGUCGCUGUGAUAGUCAGCGUAUGCACUUUGCUUCUGCUUUUGGCUCUGUUUCUUUAUGUAAGACCUGUGGCUGUAGAAGAUGAUGCUGAAUAUGAAAUUGUCUGCUAUACUGUAACAAUGACGCCUGCAAAGGAAAGAAGACUGUAUGUAAAGUGGCAAUGUGCAGGUAAUAAAUGGCUUUGCAGAUCCUGCACCUUAGUCGUGUCAUUUCUGCUUCCGGUUUUAUUUUGUUACUUCCUGUCAUCCUCCUGUCUGUUUGCUCAUUGCUGCUUUACUCCCGGUCACAUGAUUCACCAGCUGCAGUCUAUCAGUAGUUUUACCUUGUACUUAAGCACCAGUAUUCUCCUAGUCAAGCUGCCAGAUUGUCUGCGUUUCCAUGUCAGCAUCAUGUCCAGCGUGUGUAGUCUGUGUACUGUGUGUACUGUGUGUACCGUGUGUACCGUGUGUACCGUGUGUACCGUGUGUAGCCUGUGUACGGUGUGUACUCCUGUGCUCAUUAAACUCCACAAACCGACAUCCGUGUUGUCCUGUACAUUUGUGUUCGUCACCUCGCCCGUUCUGACAUAA